AUGACAAAGUCUAUCCAGUUACCCUCCAAACCACCCACCACUUCACCCGCUACUCUCACUCAAUCUAGCAUAUCCAGCAGCGACAACAUGAGCGCAAAUUGUACAGCUACAAGUGUCUCCAAAAAGAAGAAGAAGCACAAGAAAAAGUCAAAGCAAAAGGUUGCUGAUUUUGCCGCCAAAACUCAGGCCGAUAUGGUAGAUGCCAUGAUGAAUCACCACGUAAUCAGACACGGUGACCACUUGGAUGCUCAAGCAGCAUCCUCUUCCUCUUCUUCCAGUAAUAACAACAACAAAGUUAACAGCAGUAGCAGCAAAAAGACAGAAGACAAUUUUUGGUCAAGCACAAACAACACGGAGGAACGUCAAAAAAUUCGAGAAUUUUGGUUGCAAUUAGGCGAAGACGAAAGACGCUCGCUAGUCAAAGUUGAAAAGGAAGCUGUUUUGCGCAAAAUGAAGGAACAACAAAAGCAUAGUUGCAAUUGCUCCGUAUGUGGUAAAAAGAGAACUGCCAUUGAAGAUGAAUUGGAGGUUUUAUACGACGCUUACUAUGAAGAGCUAGAGCAGUAUGCCAACCACCAGCAACAAACUCGAGGCACAGCAAACCCUUUGCACGCAAGCUAUCUCCCCACGGAUCCAAUGUACGACCAUGGGUACGACGAUACAGACCCCUUGGACGAAGACGACGAGGAGGACGAUGACGAGGAUGAAGAUGAGGAAGAUCUCGAAGAUGAAGACCUUGACGAUGACGAUGAAGACGACGAGGAUGAUGAAGAAGACGAUGAAGACGAGGAGGACGAAGACGAUGUGGACGAGGACGAGGAGGAUGAAGAUUUUGAUGAUGCUGAUGAUGACGAUGAAAUCAUCACUCGCCCUCCUAUUGCUACAUAUGCCGAAAGAAGUCGUUUUGAAGAGAUGGCUCACAUUCGUCAUACUGCUCUUUCGAGAGCCUCUGCUAAUGGAGACCACUUUAGUUUUGGAAACAGUUUAACUGUCAAAGGUGGUAUUUUGACUGUCGCUGACGAUCUCUUGAAGAAUGAUGGCAAAAAGUUUCUUGAUAUGAUGGAGCGUCUUGCUGAACGCAGAAUGCAAAAAGAAGACACUCCGCCAGAUCAAAGCAACAACUACUUUCAAGAGGAAGAAGACGACGAAGACGCCUUUGACGAUGAUGAUGACGAGGACACGCGUACUGAAGAGCAACGUAUGGAGGAAGGUCGACGCAUGUUUCAAAUUUUUGCUGCGCGUAUGUUUGAACAACGUGUCCUCGCUGCUUAUAGAGAAAAAGUAGCUCAGGAACGUCAACAGCGCUUGUUGGAAGAGCUUGAAGAGGAAGACCGUUUGCGCGAAGAAAGAGAAGCCAAAAAGCAAAAGGAGCGAGAGAAGAAAAAGGACAAAAAGAGACAAAUGAAGCAACAACAAGAGGCUGAGCGUCUCGCUCGCGAAGCCAAAAAGAAGGCAGAAGAGGAAGCCGCCAAACGUGAAAAGCAAAAGAAGCUUGAACUGGAAAGACAAAAGCGCGAACAAGAUCGAUUGCGAAAAGAAGAAGAGAAGAGACACAGAGAGGAGGAACGUCUUCGUAAGGAAGAGGAAAAGAAGCGCAGAAUCAGAGAGGAAAAAGAGCGUGCUGCUGAAAAGGAGAGAAAACGCAAGGAAAAAGAAGAAAAAGAACGUAUCGAAAAGGAAAAUAUGGAAAUGGCCAAGGCUCAAAAGGAAGAAAAAGAUCGUAUAGAAAGAGAAAAGGCCCAACAGGCCAAGGCAGCAAAGGAAGAGAGAGAUCGCUUGGAACGUGAGAAGGCACAAAAAAGCAAGGCAGAGAAGGAAGAACGUGAACGUUUAAAGAGAGAGGCAGAUGCAGCAGCAUCAGCAGCAGCAGACGCAUUAGCCAAAGCUAAAGCUAAAGCUAAGGCAGCUGCCAAUACGAUGGAGCAAACAUCGCCUCGUCAUGCUUCUCCCUCCAAAGCUGUCAAACAAACAGAUACUUCUGUUGCUAAUUCAGCCAACACACCAUCUCCUCCCCCAGGCAUCACAGCACCUGCAGCACCAACCUCUUCAGAUUUCUCGCCUGAUAGACAGCAAGUGCUGAUUGACGCACUAGUUGGCUCAGGCAGACCGAACUUCAAUGACCCCAACGCGCUUGUUUCACCUCCAUCUCAUCCUCAUCCUGUCAGCGCAGUGCCUAUUCGACCUCCUCCCCAUUUACAGCCUCCUCCAUUCAUGCCUUCCCAUCUUGAUAUCCUCCAAGGCACGUCCUCAUCCUCUUCUCUGCUGAAUGCAUCACCUAUCGACAACCACACCUCGCCAUCUCCUUUAUCUGACAACUCUCCCUCCAUGCUGGGUAUCUUUAAUAAUCGUGUGACAUCUCCACUGGAGCCGAGUGCAUCGUCUCGACGAUCUAUCACGCCAAUUGCCCCUAUUGGACAACCCAUCAAUGGCCGUCGCGUAUCAUCUGUGCCCCUUGGCAGCAAUCCAUUACAUGACUCGACGUCGUCAGAUCCCGUCAUGACAGCUUCCAAUGCUGUGAAGCGACCAUCUGUGGCUUCGCCAUUUGAUUCUACAGAGCCAAGAUCGUUCUUUAGCAGCUUUUUGUUUGGCGAGCCUCGCAGCACAAUGAUGCCCAUGAACGAUUAUGACACACGAUUUGCACCACAACAGCCUUCGUUUGAUCGACGCUUCUCGACAGAACCUAGUUCACAGUCUAUGCAGCCAAAUUGGACGAACGGAUGGACCGCAACAUCAGUUCUAUCUGAUAAUGUGCAUGGAAAGCUAUUUGGUGAUGCAUUGCCUGAUCGCCCAGCCAUGACAUUGGAAAGAGCCAAAGUAGCCUAUCAAAAACUGAACGAAAUCACACAGACCAACAUAUUUAGAGGUAGCCAGCAGUACCAUACGCUGGUGCAGUUGCACUGUAUGAUGAACGAUUUAUACAGUGAUUUCCAGAUUGACAUUCGCGAGCUAUAUGAAGUGUUGCUGGGAUCGCCUUUGAGUGGAUUCCAGUGUUUGAAUCAUGCACAGCAUGGCAUGGUCGUCUUGUACGAUCCAAUGAUGAUGAGAAACACGCCACUACAACCACCUCAGCAACCAGCCCAUCCUAACCCAGCAUCGGCAAACUCACCGCCUCCUCCCGCCUUGGGUAUUUCACCGUUUAGCACGAAUAAUAACCCUACUCACCCUCUUCAGCAACAACAUCAACAGAAUAUGAAUAAUGUCACCUCUUUAUUCAAUAGUACCAAUAUGUAA